AUGCUUGUGAGAGCUUUUGUAAAUUGUAAUGAAAUUUCAUCCUUCGAGAAUCUUCAACCAGAUGAUGGAAAAAAGAGAGGGAUAUGUGGUUUAAGCAAAUAUAAUCAGUACGAUGCUUUGUGUGUUGUAAGGUGUUUGGUUGCGAAGAGGUUUUUGAUAGCUGGUGGUGGUGCGCCGGAGAUAGAGUUGUCUAAGCAAUUGGGUGCUUGGGCGAAGGUGUUGCAUGGAAUUGGGGGUUAUUGCAUUCGGGAAUUUGCUGAGGCGCUUGAAGUUAUUCCUUAUACUUUGGCUAAGAAUGCUGGUUUGAAUCUGAUUGUGAUUGUUACUGAGCUGAGGAAUCGUCAUGCACAGGGUGAGAUAAAUGCUGGAAUCAAUGUUAGGAAAGGUCAAAUUACGAAUAUCCUUGAAGAGAAUGUGGUGCAGCCACUGCUUGUAAGCACAAGUUCUAUAACCUUGGCAACAAAGUGUGUGCGGAUGAUUUUGAAGAUUGAUGAUAUUGUGACCAUGAGGUAG